AUGGCCACUGCACAUGUCGUUCGAUGUUAUGGUUUAACACAAAAUCCAUCAAAUGGACAUUAUAUGCUUGUAAUGGGUAAAAUGGAUAUGGAUUUAAGAAAAUAUUUACAACAAAAUCAUAAUCAACUUACAUGGAGAGGUAGAAUUAAAAUUAUUAAUGAAAUAAUUGGUGCACUUCGUUAUAUUCAUAAAGAGAAAGCAAUUCAUAGAGAUUUGCAUUCUGGAAAUAUAUUAUAUUCACAAUUUAAUGGUCGGUGGUUUAUUAGUGAUCUUGGAUUUUGUGGACCUGCUGAUAAAUCUUCAACAAAAUAUACUUUUGCAUCUGAUAUUUAUAGUAUUGCAAUUCUUAUGUGGAAAAUUUCAUCUGGACAAACACCAUUUAUAAAUUAUGAACAUGAAAAUGAUAUUGUAAUGAAUAUUAUUAACGGUAUAAGGCCAAAAAUUGUGCCAGGAACUCCAUUAGAAUAUAAAAAUUUAAUGAAAGAAUGUUGGGAUGUUGAUCCAUUAAAAAGACCUGAUGCUGAUGCACUUGAUACCAAAAUACGUAAAAUUAGUUUAAAUAAUCGAAAUAUGUCAUAUGAAUUAUUCAAAUCAGAAAUAGAUAAUUUAGAAAUGAAUAAAGUAGAAAAAAAUUAUACGAAUAGCAGAUUAUUUACAAGUAAAAUUCACAACUUUGAAAAUCUACCUAAACCAAGAAAUGCAAUAGAAGAAGAACAAGAAGCGUUUCAUAGUAAAUUUUAUAAUUUUAACAUUCCUGACAAUAUUAACAAUUUUAAUAAAUCAAAUAAGCAGAAUAAUAACAAAUCAUCAAAAAUAGUUACCAUUUUUAGAGAUGAUGAAAAAGAAAUAACUCAACAACAAAUAAAAGGCAAAGUAUUAAUGUCGACAGUAGGUGAAAAUUUACGUAAUAACAAAUAA